CUUUUCUUCAUUCUUCGUCUCGAUCUUCCACCGUGCGUUUGGACUCUGGUACGACAACUGCACAGUGACUUCAUUCACAUCAAUACGCAACCUCCAUGCAGGUCGGGACAACCAGCCCGCACCAAAUAUCCACUAGCUACCGUUUAGCUCUGGCGAGCAGCGAUGAGCUCCUACAUCCACCUGGAAACUACGAACUUUAAUUAUAUCCUCCGGGAGCUUGUUGAAGCAUCGCAGCGAUGUUUGCCAUACACCACUCAAGUGACUGCAUCAAACGUCAAUUCGACUCCAUCACCACUCUCCGCCUAGUCCGCAAGGGUCAGUUUGGGAAUGAGCACGCCCUAAGCCUAGGCUUAGAGCCGUCCGUGUCUAUUCACUGCCAAGCUAUCUAUCCCCACCUGUAUCCCCAAUUCCCCAUCUAUCUCCUAAAUCUUCUUCCCCUUCCCCUUCCCCACCAUCUCAUCGAACUCCUUAUCGUACUCCUUGCCCUUCUCCCUCAUCUCCCUGUCCCUCUCCUCCUGCUUCUUCCCCGCCAUCUGCUCCCGCAACUCCACCAACCGCUUCACCCUCUCCUCAUUGCUCAGCCCCUGCUGCCGCAUCUCCCUGUCCAGAUCCAUCAUCGCUUGCGAAAUCUCCAGAUCCUCCUCCUCGACAAUGAGAUGGCUGGCUCGUCGCUCCUUCUCCUGCUCCCUCGCUUCCGCCUCGUCGACAGCCACCACGCCGAAGUCAUCCUCCUUACCUGCGGCAGUGGUCUUCGAGCCAGAGGCGGGGAAGCUCUUCGUUCUUUCCGGCGAGGAGUCUGACAGAGCAGUGAUAUGCGCGUCGCCUUCCAGCGGUCGAUCCUGGCCCGAGUAGUACUCGCGCGUCGCCGUGGACUUGGGAGCCGGCUUGGGCUGGGACUUCUUCUUCGGUGGUGACAUAGUGGAGGGCGCUUACCUGUCUCCAAGCGGUGGUACUGAGCUACUGCGCCGGAAACCUUUAGCUUUUGUACCUGAGGGCUUGCGUUUGCUGCACCUCGCGGUGACGGAGCGGCGUGCGUGGGAGCUUGUCACGGGGCGAGGGGGAGGGCGGCAUGCUUUCCUUUCCUUAUCUUUGAACAGAGAAGCACGGGGGUUCUAAUUCGAGAGAGAGAG